UUUUUAGUAAAGCAGCAACCAUGUCCUUUGGACGUAGCUUCACUGUGCUUUGCCCUCUCUUUCUUCUUGGUGUGGCCGGGACAUCCAGUGGUAACUUUAGGCAACUGCCUGGUUCAACCGUUAAGCCUGGAUCUCCUGUUCCCAUCAAGACCAAUGACUCAGGAGUUCAGAAAGCAGCUAGGUACGGUGUUUACACCUACAACAAUAGUUCCAACGACAUCUUUCUGUUCAAAGAAUCUCACAUAAACAAAGCCACGGUGCAGGUUGUGAGAGGGCUGAAAUACAACCUUGAUGUCAAUAUUAGCCGGACAGUAUGCAGCAAAAGGAAACAUCCCAGCUUGGACCGAUGCCACUUUCAGAAGAGCAAGAAACUGAGACAAACAUUCAGAUGUCAUUUUGAAGUCUGGCUGACUCCUUGGCUGCAGAGAGUUGAAGUAUUAGUCUCCAACUGCCAAUGACUUCUCCAAAAA